AUGUCAUGCCGCAUAUGCCACAAGCGCCAUCAUUCUCUUUUACAUCAACCAUCAAAGUCAAAUACCUUGGAUCAAUCAGAGAAACAAGCACAGCCAACGGUAUCAGUCUAUGCAAAUGUAGAAGAGUCAGAAAGAGAAGAAAUCAAUGCAAUGAUGACGUCACAUUACAAUGGAAGACAAAGUUCAGCAAUGUUAGCUACAGCAGAGGUUGUGAAGUGUUGUGAAGGGUUGAAAAGUGAAGAAGGCAAUAUAAUCAUGUUGAGAGCUCUAAUAGACCAAGGUUCAGAAGCAUCAUUUAUAAGUGAGAAGGCUGCACAACUUCUGAAACUUUCAAGACAACCUGCAAGAGGUAAUGUUGUAGGCAUGGGUUCUACUAGAACAAGCGUAAAUCAAAGGGUUCAAUUACAAGUUUCACCAAGAUGGGAGUCACAAUUUUCUAUCCAUAUUCAAGCCUAUGUGAUCAGCAAACAAUUGACAAGUAAAAUACCACAUACUACAGUGAAAGGAAUCAAUUGGCAACAUAUCAAGGGUCUCAAUUUAGCAGAUCCCAACUAUUAUAAGCCUAGUUCAAUUGAUUUAUUACUUGGAGUUAAGGAAUAUUCAAAAAUACUAAAUGAAGGUUUAAUAAAAGGUGUACCAGGCACUCCAUGCGCACAAUAUACAGAUUUAGGAUGGAUUUUAUUCGGAGAAAUCAAUACAUCACAAGAAUCGUUUCUUGUUAUGCACAAUCAAAUAUACGUGGAUGAAAUAUAUCAAACCAUUAAAUAUUUUAUUAAUUAUGCAAAUGUUUAUGCAAGUACAAUUCUG